AUGGCGCUCCAUCAGCACCAAGCCUCCCUCGAGAGUAUCCUUGAUUUUUCUGGUCCGCUUUCGCUAUCCAGCGACCAGCGCAAUCGUGCUUCCCGGAGGUUCUACCAGAUAGUCAACCACUUUGACGUUGACGCGGAGAUAGAACCGAGCAGGGGUGCUUCAUACAAUCGACCUCGACUUAUCCGACUUACCUACGAGUAUGCGCUCUCAGAAGACUCUCGAGACUUGUUGUUGCAGGCAUUUUUUCGAUCUAUACGACUAGAUUUCGACGAUGAAGGAGAUGUCAUUUUUGGAGACGGAGAGGAAGAGUUACGACAAGAUAUGAUCGGCUUUGCCGAGUAUCUGAUGGAUAAUUUCUUCUUACCUCUCAAGGCUGCGGCGAACCAGACCCCCCAGCCAUCACCAGCUUGCCACUCGGCCGUUCUGAUGGUUCAGGGAAGUUGCCAAGACUAUACGACCACACCAACUCGUAUCGCCGCUUUACGAGGCACGACGCUCGUCCGCGAUCUCCAUAGAUGUGUAAUAUCGCACGCUUUUGAUGCUGAAGAGGGGGAAAAACGCAUGCGUUCUGAGGGUGUGGCCAAUGCUAAAGAUGACGAUGGCAAUUUACUCUCUGGCCCAUAUGCUUACCUCGAGGUCGCGCACAUUAUACCACACUCGUUAAUGCGACCGCAAGAAGACUACGAAUCUCGCCAGGCUGCUCUUGCUAUCCUUAAUAUGUUCGACAUUGGCGUCGCUCGGCUGAUCGAAGGCACUCUACGGGUGGAGUACCACCGCCGAUUUGGUACAUUUAAGACAUUCUUCACCCAGAUCGCCGACCGAGAGCCGCAUACAUAUAGGAUUGAGUCAUUUGAACUCACUCCCGUUAAUGAGAUACUAUCGUUGCCUGUCAUCCGCACCCUCCGUCUCAGCCCCGACCGUAACAUUGACCCUCCCUCCAGUAGGCUUCUCGCAGUACACAGAGCGAUUGCGCAUAUUCUGCAGCUCUCUGGUGCUGGGGAAUAUAUUGACAGGUUCCUGUCCGAUAUGGAUGAUGGGUAUGUGCGAAGCGAUGGAUCCACACAGCUGGAUAGGUUUGUGAGGCUGCGUCUCGGGGACACGAGCAACAGUGGGGUUGGUGUCCACUGAGCUUAAGGGGGUCAUCAUAAUUAGUGUAGUAUUGUGUUAGGAACCACGGUUAGAGGAGUAACAAUAGGUACUAGCGGAAGAAGAGGGGUAGUACUAGUUAGAGUACUAACCUUACGGAAUAUUAUUCUUUCCCCUUUUCCUCUCUUAUUACAUA